CAGUGCAACACCGGCAACCUGCAGUGUUGCCAGCACACCGCGGACGCGAGCGACCCCGUCACGGGCCUCCUGCUCGGCCUCCUGGGCAUCGUCGUCGAGGCCGUCGACGGCCUGAUCGGCAUCAGCUGCUCACCCAUCAGCAUCGUCGGCCUCGGGUCCGGGUCGGCGUGCAACGCUUCGCCCGUCUGCUGCGAGAACAACACCUUCACCGGACUCAUCGUGAUCGGCUGUGUGCCCAUCAACAUU